UCACACGCGAGCAAUGUUUUGGAAGACAAUGGAGGAGUUGCCGCAACGCAAGAAGUUUAUAAAGCACAAGAAAUAAUUUGUUGUUGUGAUUAUUCGUAAUCCAUAUAGUAACGACAAAGAGGAUAUCAUGGCGGGCUCAGACAGCUCAAACAACAAUAAUCAUGUGGUGAAAAACCUCUCUGGCGAAUCGUCUUCUUGUGAUCUUAGAAGCGACUCAAAGACUAUUACCGAUGACGCUGUUGUUCCCGUAAAGGAUGACAGUGCUGGAUCUGCGCAAAUUCCUGGGAAAGAACUAAUUUGUGAUUUCCAGAAUUUGGAGACUUUGAUUUUGCUGAAAAUAGAAAACAAUUGUAAAUUGUUGUCAGGCCUCAAAGACAUUAAACCUCCUCCUAUUGAGCCCAUUUUUGUUCAUCAAGAAGGACCGGAGGAGCCAAAAAUAGACUCUGAAGAUGUGAAACCUUAUACUUAUAGUCAAGAUGGUCAAUUUAUUCCAAAGGAAAAUCUCUGUGAUAUCAAACCAUUGUUUGAGUCUGAGGAUGUGAAAUCUUAUACUUAUAGUCAAGAUGAUCAAUUUAUUCCAAAGGAAAAUCUCUGUGAUAUCAAACCAUUGUUUGAGUCUGAGGAUGUGAAACCUUAUACUUAUAGUCAAGAUGAUCAAUUUAUUCCAAAGGAACAUCUCUGUGAUAUCAAACCAUUGUUUGAGUCUGAGGAUGUGAAACCUGUUGUUGAAGACGAGGGUACUAUCAGAGAAGGAGAGGGGGAGGAUCAGUCACACAAUUGUCUGAAAGAAGAAAAUUGUACAUCAGUGGAUAAAGCUUUUGUGACAAGAGGAAACGGACAACGGCAAACAUUUCUUGAGGUGGGGGAGACAAACUGGAAGACAGUCGUUGGUCAUGGAGGUUCUCAAGGAAACAAACAGCCCAGUUUCAAAGUUCUGUGUAAUGUCAGUAAUGUCAGAGGCAAUGUCAGAGACUAUUUAAAGCCAGCAGGUGAAAUUGUACAACAGACUGGUGAGCCAAACUCCUUGUGUGGUUUGGAAAAAGAUUAUACAUCUCUCCUCAAACGAGAAUGUUUUGUGAGCAUCGAAAGGUUGAAGAUUGAACCUCAGUCUGAACAGUUGCAGGGUUUACAAUUAGACGUGAAACCAAAAUUAGAGGAUUUAUUUGUGAAACUGUCAGAGGGCGAGGGAAAAGAGCUCUCAGAUGUAAGAGAGAUAGACAGAGGAGCAGGGGACGGGCAGGGAAUAAGUGUUGGUCAGACAUCAGGUGGCAAUUUUAGCGGUCUAGCUGUUGAACAACUACUGCGAAUCUCCGAUGUGAGAAGUCUGCGUAACACUGGAGCAGAGAACUCACUUCAAGAAACUUCUGAUGCCGUACUGAACGGUUUCUUUUCAUCCAUCUCCGAUGAUCCAAAACAUGUUGGAGAAUGUCGUGCAACACAAUUGACGUGCCAAAAGGACAGGAGACGAGAUAAAAGUUUGUUCAUCAGUGAGGUGGAUUCCAGCAGCAUAGAUGACAUGACAUCUGCCCAGAGUUAUUGUGAAGAGAGACGACGAAAUUCUUACAGGAUAACACGCAGAGGCAGUUCACUAACACACAGAGGCAGUUCACCGGGCUCAUCAAAACUGGGGCAAAACCCUCGGCUGCCCGGGAAAGAUGAUGAUGUUGUGCGAGGAAUAUCUCUGGAAAAUUCCUGUCCGGGUGUGGAGAAGGACAGUAAUCCUUGUCGUGAGGUAGCUGGUGGUGCCCACGUUUACUCUGAUCAAUCAGGUUGUAAUUUUGAUGUUGGUUUAAAAGAAUGUUACGUCUCCUUAGUUAGACUGAAAGAUGGUCCUAAUUUUAGUGAGGUGCAAACAUGUGCUCUUGAAAUCAUCCCUCAUAAAGAGCAGGGCAGACCAGUAGAAGAACUGUGUAAUGUACAGGGACAGCAUAAGUCUUGUAAAUGUUGUAGGAAGAACUGCUCUUCCUGUUGGGGAGGAGAUGAUAACAGGGAAGGGCAGCUGAAGAGCCAAGACGGCGUGUCUGCUUCUGGUUCUGUUAGUUCUCCAGGCUCUCCAUGCACCACGGUGCCAGAAAUGCGCAAAGGAAGACGUUUGGAUCAACACAGCUCGAAAGUCCUCGAUAGUUCAGGAUCUGGGGCUGGCAGUACAGGACAGAGAAAGCUGAAGUUGCGCAAGCGUAAAGUUUUCUUUUCUGAUAUGGCACAGACCUCUGACACACACAGCACGGAAAGAGCAGAAGUAGGAGAAAAGCCCUUUAAAUGUCAGGUGUGUGGUGGGGAGUUUACUCGGGAAAAUGACCUACAGAAACAUAAGGAAACACACACAGGAGAAAAGCUCUUCAAGUGUCCAAUUUGUGAUGCCCGUUUUGCCAAGAGUCGUAUUCUACAGAAGCACAAAAGAACACACACAGAUGAAAAACCUUACAAAUGUAAUGCUUGUGGUAUGGGCUUUUCUCAGAACUGUGAUCUGCAAUGUCAUGAAAGAACACACACUGGAGAAAAACCAUACAUGUGUGAUGUGUGUGGUUGUGGAUUUUCGAAAAGUUUUAACCUCCAGAGGCAUAUAAAAACACACAUGGGAGAAAAACCUUUCAAGUGUGAAGAGUGUGGUGCCAAAUUUACUGAGAAUAGUAGCCUAGAGAGGCAUGCAAGAAUACACACUGGGGAAAAACCAUUCAGGUGUGAAGUUUGUGGUGCAGGCUUUGUAGAAAGAUAUAAACUACAGAGUCACAAAAGAACUCACACUCAAGAAAAGCCGUAUAAAUGUGACAUUUGUGAUGUAGCCUUUGCUGAAAUUUCCAGGCUUCAGGCUCACAAAAGAACGCAUACUGGAGAAAAGCCGUACAAGUGUGAAGUUUGCGGUAAAAGGUUUGCGCAGAGUGGCGAUUUGCGCAGUCACAAAAGAACUCAUACUGGGGAAAAGCCUUACAUCUGCGAAAUUUGUGGUGCUGGAUUUGCGCAAAAUAGCAGCCUACAAAAACAUUUGAAAACGCACUCUGAGGAAAAGCCAUUCAAGUGCGGAGAUUGCGAUGCAGUGUUUGCUCAGAGGAUCCACCUUCAGUGUCACAAAAGAACACACACAGGAGAGGAACCAUUCAAAUGCACCAUUUGUAAGGCAAAGUUUGUUCAGAUUGGCCACCUUAUACGGCACAAGAGGACACAUACGGGAGAAGAACCGUACGUAUGUAAAGUAUGUGGUGCGAAAUGUGCAGAUAGCGGCAACCUGCAAAGACACAAGAGGAUUCACACCGGUGAAAAGCCUUAUGAGUGUGGUGUUUGUGGUAAACGGUUUCGCGACAGAAGUCACUUAUCAGGCCACAAAGCAGCACAUAUUGGAGAAAAGCAAUUCAAAUGUGAUGUUUGUGGAAAAAGCUAUGCACGCUUGUAUCUGCUUCAGGAUCACAAAACAAAACACACGGGAGAAAAGCCAUACAAGUGCGAUGUUUCUGGGAAAAGGUAUACACGCAAAUAUCUCCUUGUGAGUCACAAAGAAAAACAUCCUGAGAAAAAGGGCAACAAGUGGGACAUUUAUUGUAGUCGUCUCUUGCGGGAUGAAAAAAGAAAUACUUACAGGAAAAAGAAAGAGAAGUAAAUGAGAUAUUUGUGGUGUAUGGUUCUUGAGAGAAUGGAAGUUCACAGAGUUGUAAAAGAACACGUAUGAAGAAGAAAAUAAAAAU